CAGGUCUUUCUGAACAUCGAAGAUAUACAGGAUGUAGCUUAUCCUGUCGCAUGUGGCACGACGUGUCGAAUCGGUCGCAAGGAUCUUCCUUGCUGUCGAAUUAUAAUUGAAGUGCUAGAUGAUUGUAUCAAAUGUGCUUGUACGGAAUACCCACAUGGAGAGGGCAUGUCAACAGUAUAUAUAGAGCUAGAUCAACGCCAGUUUGUCUAGGUUCAACAACGAGAUAAGUUGGAGAUUCUUUCUGCUAAUUCGUAGAUGGCUAGUGCGGUCCGUUUUGUCUCUGUUUCUAUUUUGCUCCUUGAACUCUCGAUCCACGGGGUUGGAAGUCCUCUGCGCUCUUCCCUCAAGCCUGAAGCUCCCACAGCAGAUGCGAUGGCGAUUCCUGAAGGAUGCGAAUUGAGACAGAGAACGUUUUCGACAAAAGACGUCAACUGGACCAGAUUGAUACUCGACAGUGGCGACAUUGACUCGACCGUCUCGUUUGACGAAGAAAUGGCCAGCUUACAAGACAAAAACUCUACUAUAUCGCUUGACGAAAAUUUUAGCAGUAUUCACGACAUAAGCUUCACCAUCUCCUACUGCUCAGGUCGAUGCCUUCAACACAACUUGAAGACAAAAGGACACGUGAUCAAAAACGACUAUGCGCUACAAAUGAGAAAUUUGGUGAAAAGUUGCGAGGACAAGGGCACAAACUGUGAGGAGAUGUCUCCGUGCUGUGUUCCCAAACGAAUUCACGGAGAAAACGGCAAAAUCGAAUUUGAGAAAGGGAGUGUUAAGGUUGCUUAUUGGAGUAAACAGAAUGUGAUGUCGACCUUUACUUUCAAGUUUCUCAAUACGACAGUUUGUCACUGCCAGUAAUGAAAUGACUGGAAACAAUGAAUAAAUUAUCUCAAAAACCUUAAUAUUACUAUCAUUGUUAUUAAUGGUUCUUUCGUGGAAGAUUUCGUUUGUAAAUAGUAAUUGAUUAGUAAGAGUUGUGACAUUUACUUAAAUGUUUUGACAUUUGCAAAGUAUGUUAAAUAGAGUUUAUUGUUACUGUGUGAAAUAUAUCGAUA